AUGGUUCGAAACAAGGAUAGGACAAGUAAGGCCAAGCAAUUUAGGUGGUCUAAACCUAUGUCUCACACACUACUUAAAGCAUUAGCAGAAGAGGCUUUAAAAGGAAACAAGCCAUCUUCAACUUUCAAGCCUGAAUCUUUUAUACGAGUGGUUGCGGAAAUUAAUCAAAAAUUUGGAAUUGAAUGUCUUAGUGUACAUGUUGAAAAUCAUUUGAAGACUAUGAAAAAGGAGUGGACUACCAUUUCAACACUUCGAGCCAAAAGUGGGUUUGGAUGGGAUGAUAAUUUAAAGAUGGUAACUGUCAACAAACAUGUUUAUGAUAAGGAGGUGAUGGCACAUCCUAAUCAUGAGAAGUAUCUUACCAAAAAAAUUGAGAUAUAUGAAGAAAUGGCAAUUGUUGUGGGAAAAACAUUGCAACUGGACAUUUUUCCAAAUCCUUUUGUUGAUAUCCAAUGUGAUAUCAAUACUGAGGAAGAUUCUACUCCCCCGGAUGAUGAUGUUGAAUUUGAAGAAGCUGCAAAGAAGAAAGAGACAUCUUCAACUACUAUCCCUUCAUCCCAAAAAAGAUCUCACAAGGAAAGAAAAUGUGAUCUUAAAGAAAAUGGUAUUAAGAAAAUGGUUUUGCUGAAAUUUGCAAAGUUCCUGCCCCUGAAAAAGAAUGUAUACGGUGACAAAUGCUCAUCUUCUGCCAGGUAUAACAUAAUUGAGCAAUAG